AUUAUAUAUUGCUGUUCUUUGGGUUUGAGACAUACCACAGCAGCCCUAUAUUUUUCAGGUCUCAACACCCUGUCCAUUGUUCCAGCAGUGGCUCGCGACACGUGUGCCCUCUCCCCCGUGGAUCAUGUGAGCACAGGAAACAUAAAGCUCUUCCUCAAGGACCUGAUAGCUUCUGUCUGAAGGCCAAAAACAAACCCAAACUAUUUUACAAGGGACCAUCAAUGUCUGUAUUUAGAUUUAAUGGUUAGAAGAAUGCUGUUUUAAAGGCACUUUAGUUUUUAGGUUCAAGAUACUGGAUGAAAAUGGGAACCUGGAGUUGAAAACAAACUGUGUUACAUCUGGUGGCUUGAAGUUCUCCAGUGCAUAGGCAGGGGAAAAAAAACUCGGCUCUCCCCCAAACAGCCUUAACGAGAACAGUGUGUCUGGAAAUGACCCAGUCAGUCUUUCUGGGACAGAGUAAAAGCAGGAGAAGGAGGAGGAGGAGGGGACAACAGGAGUUUCUUCCCCCACACCAAUCCAACUGUUCUUCAUCGUGCAGUCUGUAACAACAGACAUCCAGCUUGAGAGGAGGAAACAGCAGACGCUUUCUCCUCCAUGUUAGAUCAUCUUCAGUCAGCAUGUUUUAGAACAUCGGCACUUUAAAGUAUUCAGUCACAGGAUGGACCACUCAGCUCUCCACUUCCUCAUUGGCCUGUCUGUCAUUCUGCUGACCAGGCGCCCCACUUAUGCCACCCCAGUCAUUUUUAAUGACUCUUUGGAGGGCAGUGGGCAGUGGGACUCAGAGAGCACAGACUUCAACCCCACACCUAGCAUUUCCUCCUUCCUCAAUGAAUCAGUGAAGUCAACCUCCAUAGAUGGAGAAAAGCAUAGCAAAUCAUUCUUGGAUCAGCUGGUGGACUUCUUACAAGAGAACCACCUUCCCAUAAUCGUCAUUACCACAUUACUUCUCCUUAUCAUCACCAUCCUCUGCUUGGCUGCCAUCUUGAGUCGCCGACGUAAAGUCAGCAUCUACUAUCCUUGCGCUUUCCCUUCCAAGAUGUACGUGGAUGAGCGAGAUAAGACUGGAGGAGCGCGCUUCUUCAGCGAAGUCUUGGAGAAAGCCAACACCAGCUCCAGUGAGGAGCCGGUGAAUUCAGCCAGGCAGCUCCAAGAGGACAUCAUGCUGGCUACCAAGAACCUCCGAACUCCAAUCAAGAUGCCACAGAAGGAGAAAAAUGAAACAGUGGAAGACCAUAAACAUGCAGAAGAUGAGGAAUGUGUUCAGUGCAACAAGAGUCAAGAGGAGAGCUGUGGCUCGCUAGAGGACAAGACCACAAAUCAGUCUGCUGUUGAGGAUACUUUGGAAAAGAGCGGCCCCAGCAUGUCCCAGGACAGCGUCCCCGCUUGUGACAUGGAAAAGACUGACCCCUCAGACUCUGGGCCCCCUGAGGAGAGCAAACAUUCAUCUGGGCCAGAGAAUUCGGAGAUCCAAGAGGACACGAACAAACAGGAUGUUGCUGCUUCAGGCUCAACAUUUAUCAGUGAAGAGAAAACAGUAUUUUAGUGUGGACAUUUUUAAAGCCUUAAAGGAAACACUUAGACGUAAAUACAGAGCAAAGUGUGUUUCUUGGACACAUUGUAAAACAAAAAAAUGUAGUAUGAAGUUUCAAUGAGAUCAUCUGUUUUUUCAAGGCAAAUAUAUAGAUUUAAUAUUGUUUGUGACUGUUUUACCACAUAUAAAUGUAACAAUCUGUUUUUAAUUUUUCAUUUACUUAAGUGUAAAUGGUAUGAACGGAUGCCUAUUGGGCAAGACAUAAAAACUGCAUUUUAAA